AUGCGAUAUGUGUGGGAAGGCUGUUGUCUGCCAACCACACGCAAGGAGUAUAUGGAUCGUUUUGGUAUCACGGAGUUGGCACCGUCGUCUGACACGGACAAGACCCUGCUCGGGGGUAUUUCAUCCGAACUGAACAAUAUCCUGAAAACAUAUGCCGAUAUUCAAGACACAACCACCACCUUCCGCGACAAGACCUGGCCUUCCAUUGUUGAUCUCGCGGGCAGAGUGCAGAAAUACGCGGAGACCCUAAGCGAUGAUAAAAGCGCAUCAUACUACACGAAUAUCAUCAACUUGACAAAGAAUUACACCGAGGCAAAGGAUGCCACGAAGAAAAGUGUCUUGAAAGCAGAAAUCUUGGGGCUCAUCGAUGCUACAAUUCAAAACAUCAACACCUACAGUGAAGGCAUUCCGGAUGUCAUAAAAAAGCUGGGCAACUUUCAGGAGGAUACUAAAUCUCAGAGUGAAAAGAUCAAAACGGAUCAUGAGCGUCUCAAAGGCUACCAAAAGGAGUACACCCACGAUGUUGUUGUUGCUGCGACGACACCGACAUAUGCCUGGGUCACUAUUUUGGGCCUGAUUGCCGCCGUCGUCGUUGCAGCAGUCGUUGGCCAUCGCGCAGUCGAGAUGAAAGACACAAUCCUUGAUCUCACCAACACAAUCAAAAGCGAGAAUGACGAACUGAAAGCGGCCCAUACCGUUCAGAUAGACAUUACUCGCAUGGAUACGUCGCAGGGAAAUCUGAAAGAUCUGAUCAAAGUGACCAAAGCUGCUCUAAAUGUCCUUGAGCUUCUCGAGGGUGUCUGGACUGAGAUCAAAACGGAACUUAAGGGCAUCCAAGAUCUCCUCAAGGACGACAGUGAACACGAGAUUAAAACCAUUAUUGUCCAGAUAGACGUAAACCAGGUCUUCGACGAGUGGGGUAAAGUCAGAGACUACACCAAAAAAUACAUUGAGCACGCGUUCGUCAGUCCUCCACAAAUACAGUCCAUCGUGAAAUACCUCAAAAAGCUCGACGAAACUAUCAAGAAUACGAAGGGGGAUGGCGAUAAAGACUCUAGCGGUUCUUAG